UCCUCUUUGCCCUUCCUUUCUUCUCUGCCCUCGUCUCGUGCCCCCUCCUGCCACCAAGCUCUCUCAAUGCUAGCCGGCACCGAGCAGCCGCCAAGGCGAGCGUCUGCGUAGGCGCCCCGUAGUUCCUGGCCGCGAUUAACGUGGCGCGAGCAUUGGGGCCGAGAAGCCGGCAGUAAACCCUCCGUCAGAAGGUACACCCUCGUGUUCGUAUUGUAUCUGACAGAGGAGAUUGGUCCUAAGCAUGGGUGCUCGAAAGCAAAAGUGGACUUCAGAGGAAGAGGCUGCUCUUAGAGCUGGCAUAGCAAGGUAUGGAGUGGGAAGUUGGCGCCUGAUAUUGAAAGAUGAUGACUUCCGUUCCAUCUUGAGCUGCCGGUCAAAUGUUGAUCUAAAGGACAAGUGGCGCAACAUCAACGUAUUUUUCACCGAAUCAGGCUCUAUGGAUAAGGGAAGGACUGCCAUGAAGAAGAACCGAGCUGCUCCUAGGAGGAAUGAUCACCCAAUGGCAAACAGCACAGUUGCUUCUGAUGUUGAUGACGAAAUUGUUGAUGAACAGCCUAUAGCAUCAAUGUCAAGUGAACUGUGGAAUGUUUCAAUUCCAAAGAAAUCACGGUCAAGGCUAAACAAUAUCAUAUUGGAAUCUGUCAAGAACUUGAAUGAGCCUACAGGGUCACAUAGCACUACGAUUGCUAAGUACAUAGAGGAGGAAUAUUGGCCACCUAGUGAUUUUGAUCGCAUGUUGUCUGCAAACCUGAAGGACUUGACCACCAGUGGAGAACUGAUAGAGGUUAAUCGGAAGUACAGGAUUGCACCUGCACCUGGUUCAAUGUACUCUGAGGGACGAAGCCCCGAAACACUGCUGCUAGAAGACAUGCAAAGAGAGCCCCGGAAAAUAGAGAGUGAUGAUAUUAAAACCCUUACAAAAUCUCAAGUUGAUGCUGAAUUGGCGGAUAUGAUAACCAUGACUGCUGAAGAGGCUGCAUCCGCUGCUGCUCGUGCAAUUGCAGAGGCAGAGGCUCUCAUGGCAGAAGCUGAAGCAGCGACAAGAGAAGCGGAGGCGGCAGAAGCAGAUGCCCAAGCUGCACAAGCCUUCGCGGAAGCAGUAAGGAACAGACACGUUACAGAACUGAUGGCCCAGUCUUGAUGCUGCUACCCUGAGCCGCUCCAGCCCAGCAUUGCCGCAGGAUGCAGAUGAUGCCGUACCUCACACUUGAAUUUUCGGUUGGAUUAACAGCAGCCGCCCUCAUUUUUCUUCUACUUUUUCAAAAAAGAAAAAACAGCCGCGCUCCAGUGUCACCAGCCUUAUGAUGUUCCUGGAGCAGCAAUGCAGCAACAACCAAUUUUGCGUACCGUUUGUAGCAUCAUGAUUCACGCUGCAUUUUUUGUGUAAACGUCGAGACCCGGCCAGUCCAGACCCGUCGUGAUGCGCGGCGGUGGUCCGACCGCCCCCGUCGACGCAUGGUCGAUCAUGGCGCGGUGGUGGAACAGGCCGAUGGGCCAGAUGAGAACCGAACCGUUUGACCUUUAGGUGGCUGGCGGGCUCACACAGGCUGGGGUGUGGGUGCGUCCGUCAACCACCCCCGUCGUCGUUUCUCCCUUUCGGUUGGAAGCACCGGCGGCAGCUCGUAGUGGUGGUAGGGCAACACUUUUCUCGUGUGGUCUCGGACGGAUAACCGUCAGAUUGCAUGCAAAUACGGUUCGUCGGGCG